CGUGCCUACAACAAAUGCGAAAUCGUUGACACCUUUAUUAAGGGGUACAGCGAAUUUGGGCGAGAUAGGGAUAGGUGCAGCGAGAUAGAAGAUGUUACCAUUCCAUACUCCAACACUAGUCAAAGUAUUAAGAAUAGUUGGUUUGUCUCUAUUUCCACUCUCGUGCCUACAACAAAUGCGAAAUCGUUGACACCUUUAUUAAGGGGGUAC